AGUACCCUUGAUUUGACUUCUCGCAAAAAAAAGUACCAUUGAUUUGACACGCCUAAAGUAUUGGCCGGAAAAGUACUAAAUUGGCUACAAUUCCAUCGGUUUAAGACUAGAACUGCCUCAAAGGUUCAACUUUUCAAAACGCCUUGAACAGAAGAAGAAGUCCUCUAUUUCCGGCUACGUAGAGGUUUGCUUCGAUUGUCUUUUUCAAUUUCAGCACAGCUAUAUCAGGUUUACCCUCUCAAAGGCGGACUUUAGUUUUUAUUUUCAAUUUGCCUGAUAUGCAAUAAAUGAAACUCGAGAUAAUAGAGAUCUAAAUUAGUUAAUGAACUGAAUGAUGAAUUUAUUGUUCUUUGUUCAUCAAGCACACUAAGCGGUAAACUUUUGUUAAUGUUAUGGCUUUGGAGGUCCGUUCUUUCUUCGCAUGUAGUUCACUCAAGAGACCAAUUUGGCCCCCAUUAGCUUGAUGGUAUUUUAACUCCUCAUUUCAAAACUUACCUAAGAAGAUUCAGAAUCUCUUACAGUUUCUGGGUAUUGGCUCGUGAAAGAUGAAGUUCAGAUUGAAAUAUAGAAAUUUCCAUUUUAUACUGCGUAAUGGUACAAAAAGCACUUAUACCAUCAAUUCAUCAUGAAUAGUUUCAGCACAAUCCCCAUUUGAAUAUUAUCCUUAGGAUUUGCAUAUCACCUAACACUAUUUUCUGUAUUGCUAUACCUUAUUUGCACCAAUGACUUAUCUCAAUCUAAAUAAAAAUAUAAGUGAUAAAAUUGAUAAACAACAUAUUGUUUCUUUGUUCUCCAAGAAAUGGGUGAAUUUCCUAGUGUGAUAAAGUAACUAGUGCUAGAGCGUCUAGUGAAGGAACACCCUGCCCAGUCCGCGUCACAAUAUCCUUUGAGGUCAAGGUCAUUGUCGGAUGAUAAAAAUAUUCCUUGACCAGGUGUUUGCUUCAAAUAGCGCAAAACUCGUAUAGCAGCAUCAAGAUGAGUUUGGUGUGGUUUGCUGAGAAAUUGACUAAGCUGGCUAACAGAAUAAACAAUGUCUGGACGGGUAACCGUUAGAUAUAAUAGACGCCCAAUCAAUCUGCGAUAUGAGGAAGCGUCGACUAAUGGGCUAUCAUCGUCAGGACGCAGUUUUAAAUUUUGCUCCAUGGGAAAUGAACUGGGACGUCCUGCUAAGAGGCCACAUUCUGCCAAGAUAUCAAGGGUAUAUUUUCUUUGGCUUAAAACAAAUCCUUUUGGGGAACGAGCUACUUCAAUACCUAGAAAAUAUUUUAAUUUUCCCAAGUCUUUUAUGCUAAACUUGGAGUCCAGAUAAUCUUUUACUGUGGAAAUAUGAGAGGUCAUUUCCGGCAAGAAGAACAUCAUCAACGUAGAUAAGAGCAUAAGUGUGUAUGGGACCCUGUCGAAAGAUGAACAGAGAGUGAUCAGCGUGAGACUGGGAAAAACCGAUACCGGUGAGAGCUUGGGUGAAUUUUUUAUACCAAUUACGAGAGGCCUGUCGUAAUCGGUAUAAGGAUUUCUGUAACUUGCAUACGCGUGUAUCACCCUUUUUCAUGAAGCCUUGAGGAAUGCGCAUAUAAACAUCUUCAGCUAGAUCACCGUGAAGAAAAGCGUUAUUAACGUCCAACUGAUGUACAAUCCAAUUACACUUAGCUUCAACAACUAACAUGCAUCGUACUGUAACGAGUUUGGCAACUGGUGCAAAUGUUUCAUGAAAGUCAAUCCCCUCAACUUGAGUGAAACCCUUUGCAACCAGUCGAGCUUUGUAACGUUCAACAUCGCCAUUGGGUUUGUAUUUAAUUUUAUAAACCCAUUUGGAGUCCACAAUCCUUUUUCCAGGUGGUAAUUUGAUAAGAGUCCAUGUGUUGUUUUGUUCAGGGCAGUAAUUUCCUUUUGCAUGGCAUCUCUCCACAUGGGAUCCUGUACAACUUGUGAGAAAUAUUUUGGCUCAUCACGUGAGGUGAUGGCUGCUAAAUAGAUUUUGUGAGUAUGGCUAAAUUUUCAUAAUUAACAAAGUGAGAAAUAGGAUAUACCGUCGAGUUGACUGAAUUGGUGGUAGUCCGUGAAUGAUCAAGUGAGGGGGGCAAGUCAACCUCGUAAUCCUGCAAGCGUUUGGGACAUUUCCUAACCCUUUCUCCGCGUUUUGGCUCUUCUGGCGGUGCAUUGUAUUGAGACGUGAUAGGUGAAGGAGGUGCCCUACCGAUUUCUCUGUCUGUUUCCGAAUCCGAACGAGAGGUGCUGACCGCUUCACCCAUCGAUUGCUGUUGAGAGGUUCCCUCCGCAGCUGGCCGUUGACGUACGUAAAUAAUCUCAUGUGAGUUGGGAGAGAGGACUGACAUUUCAUGCGGCUGCUGUCCUUGGGCCCCAUGCAAUUGCUGUUCAUUAGGGUCGGUUAGUGCUGCAUUAUUUGGUUGCUCAUACCAGUUGUCUUGGUUGACAGAAUCAAUCCCAUCUUUCUCAUGUAUAAUUGAUGGUGGCUGCAUUUUAGUGAUGGGAGGAUAAUAAUUGGAGGGACCAUGAUGGGUACGUAUGGGGCAUUGAUUUAAGAUAAUUUGACAUGCAUGAUCAACCAUUGCUCCAAAUUCCAUCUCUUGACUGUUCACAUUUUUGAACGGGAAAAUUUCUUCAAAAAAGGUUACAUCCCUAGACGUAUAUACGGAGUGUUUCUGCAAAUCAAAAAACUCGAUAUGCCUUCUGUCCGUAUGGAUAUCCAAUAAAAAUACAAGGACUCCCCCUUUCGCUGAAUUUAUCUUUUCUUUUAUUAUCAUGAGCGUAUACCAAACACCCAAAUACUCUUAGAUGAUCAUAGCCAGGAACUUUUCCAAAUAACAUUUCGUAAGGACUUUUAUUAAAAAUGAUAGGAGAUGGAAGCCUAUUUAUGAUAUAAACAACAGUCAAAAUGCAUUCCCCCCAAAAAUCAAUAGGUAACCCAGACUGAAAACGAAGUGCCCUUGCAAUUUCCAAAAUGUGUCUAUGCUUUCGUUCCACAACUCCAUUUUGUUGUGGUGUGUCUGUGCAUGACGUUUCCAAUAAUAUCCCAGUAUGUCUGUAAUAAUCAAAUAAAUUUUUGAUUUGAAAUUCCACUCCAUUAUCAGUCCGUAUACGUUUAACCUUUUGCUCAAAUUGUGUAGUAACCAUGUUGCAAAAUUGAAUUAGAAGUUCUGGAACCUCGGAUUUAUUUUUCAUUAAAUAAACCCACACACCUCUAGUGUAGUCAUCAACAAUAGAUAGGAAAUAUCGCGCACCAGAAAUUGGAUCGCAUCUAUAGCCUCCCCAUAUGUCACAAUGUAUUAGUUCAAAACAACAAGUUGUCUUAAUGGUGCUUGUAGGAAAAAAUAGUCUAGUUUGCUUAGCUCUUAUGCAGGGAUCACAAAGAUCUUGCUCCGUCUGAGGCCUUUGAGAAAAUCAAUGUGAUGUAGUUUCCCAUCAGAUGCAUGUCCUAGACGUUGAUGCCAUAAAUCGGAGGUAGUACGGACUGACAUUGCCACCCCCUCACCUCUCGGAGACUCUAGAUAGUAGAGACCAUCACGGAAUCUACCCACACCAAUCAAACUCCUCGAGGUUAAGUCCUGUAAAACACAGAAGUCUGGGAAAAAUGUGAGUGUACAAUUUAGAUCGCUUGUUAGGCGACUAGCCGAAAGUAAGUCACACUAGAAUUUUGGAAUAAAUAUAACACGUUUAAGAAGAAACCCAUUGGGUAAAUAUAAACUACCAACGGCAUGAACUGGAACUAAUUCACCGUUAGGAAUUCUAACCGGUGACACCGGCGCGGUGUUAGCCAUAUUAAAAAGAUUAAUAUUACUACAAGUGAUAUGCUCCGUAGCUCCAGAGUCAAUUAUCCACGAGCGAGCAUGUGACAAUAUAUUUGCCAUAUUCACUUGAGCACCAGAAGAAGAGGGACUCAUAGCUUCAUGAUUGGCUUCAAUAUUGCCAACGUUCAUAGCUUAGCCACAAAAAAUAUUUUUUUUUUCAGGAGUUCGGCUCUGAUACCAUGAUAAAAUUGAUAGUAAUUAUCAAUUUAUGAAACUAUUUGAAGAGAGAAUUCUAAAAGAGAAGCGUAAUGGCUAGUGUUUGUCGAAGAAAAACCACAUCAGGCGCAAGAAAUGACUUUAUAAGUCAACUCCCGGCAGAGCUGAAGGAAUCAAUUCUAGAGUUGCUGAACAUACGUGAAGCCGCCAGAAUGGCUGUGCUUUCAACUUGCUGGAAGGAUGCCUGGUAUGCUCUCGGCCAGCUGGUUUUCGAUUUGGACUUCUUCUCAAAUUUUCCACAAUAUGACAGUGAAGAUGAACCCAAAGAUUGCACCAAAAUAAUAAACCGAUGUCUCUGUUAUGGAUCCAUUCUAUGGACAAGUAUAUCAACGAAGACGUGGACGGUUAGGUUCAGGGGAAUUAGUUGGUCAAAUCGGGGAAGAUCAGAAUACUCUAGAUGGCUGACCACGAGAAUAAGGAAAGCUGGCAGAUUGGCAAGUGGCAGCAUUUAAUUAAUUAGCAUUUAAUUAGUUAGAUCCAGUUAUUUCUUAUUCUUAGUUAUUUCCUAAUUCAAAUUAGGAAACUUCCUGGCAGCAUUUAAUUAGUCAGAUCCAGUUAUUUCCUAUUCUUAGUUAUUUCCUAAUUCAAAUUAGGAAACUUCCUAUUAUCCUUAUGCUUCCUAUUAGGACUCUUGUAAUCUCUAUAAAAGGGACCUAAUAUUGUUCAAUAAAGGACCUUUGGAGAAUUAAUUUGAUGUGUCUUGACUAGGUCGGGCACCGAUUAAUUCCUGAAGACUCUUCGUAUUUAUUCUUGCCUCAUUCGAUAAUCCUAGUAUGACAAUAUUGAUACUAAGGUCUCAGUAGGCUCUUCUUCUCUCCUGAGAUCUCGUCUGAGACCUUGGACAAGGUCUUAUACGCGAGUUCUUAACAAUUUGGUAUCAGCAUCAGGAACGAUGGGAACGGGACCAGAUUCUGCUGCAACAGAAAACAUGAAGAGUCUCCUUGAAGGCUUCGACCAACGCCAGAUCGAUGUUGAGGAUCAACUGGCAGCCCUUCAAACCACGGUUUCUGGUUUGGUUAGCCUGCCCACAGCCUUCACCGAGAUGCAGAAAUCCAUCGCAGCAUUGACCACUGCUGUCCAGCAGGUUCUGACCGACAACUCCUGUGAGCCAUUCGGACAGGGACGACGCAGGGAUACCGAGCAGCACCAGCGCCACACUGAGGAUUCUAUGGUUCCACGUUUUUCUAAAUUGGAGUUUCCCCAAUAUGAUGGAAAAACGGAACCCUUGUCAUGGCUUAAACGCUGCGAGCGGUUUUUUAUUCAACAAAAAACCCCUCCCCAGAACCGAGUGGGGUUAGCUACUUUUCACAUGGUCGGUACCGCUCAACUAUGGGCUGACCAGUUAGACUCUGCAGGUACAGGAGUCAAUUGGACCGACUUUUAUACAAAGUGUUCAAAACGUUUUGGACCUCCAUGCAGUGCCAACCCAGAAGGUGACCUAGCCAAACUGAGGUAGACAUCAGAUUUGGAGACCUAUAUUGAAACGUUUCAGCAAUUACUAGCACACACAGUUGGCAUCUCAGUCCGCAUGCAGGUCAAAAUUUUCACUGCCGGGCUACGUGAGUUGGUGCGCAUGGAAGUAGAGUACCAGGACCCCCUCGAUCUUGACACUGCCAUGAUGUUGGCUCGAACCGUUGAGCGGAAGUACCAAACCCCGACUGCCUCGACUGACUCUAUAAUACGGCCCCAACCAUCCUCUCGACCGAAUGCUUCAGGAACGACACUUAUUGAUUCCAGUUUAUCUCGUCGUAGUUCUAAUCCAACUUUCAAAAAAAUUUCUCGUGCCGAGGCAGCCAUACGACGUGAAAAAGGGUUGUGCUAUAAUUGUGAUGACCAAUGGGUUCGAGGUCAUCGCUGUAAGAGGCUAUUCUUUGUGGAAAUUGUGGAGGAUGACCAACUCGAGGAGGAUCACACGUCACAGACCGCGAUCGAACCAACAUUGUCACUCCAUGCAAUGACUGGAUUUGGCUCGUCCUCAACUAUGCAGAUUCAUGCUACCCUCCAGAACCGUCCCAUUAUAAUUUUGGUAGAUUCGGGUAGCACUCACAAUUUUGUGCAUGAGCGUUUGGCGACUAAUCUAAUAAAUCAACCCCUGCGUAAUAACCGGUUGCAUGUCAUUGUGGCCAAUGGUGACAAAGUCCCAAUUAUCGGUACUUGUCCGGGAUUGGAGUUUGAAGUCCAAGGUAAGACUUUCACGGCAGAUUUUUACAUCUUACCACUUGCCGGAUUUGACAUGAUUUUGGGAGUACACUGGUUACGUGGACUUGGUUCAAUUAUGUGGGAUUUUACACGCUUGUCCAUGCGUUUUACAUGGGAAGACACCUCCGUUGAAUGGCAUGGGCAUGAUGUUUCCCCUCCGCUCACUGCAACUAUGGCAGUAGGCUUAGCCCAAACACCUCCUUCUCUGGCUGGCCUUCUUGUCCAAUUUGAGGACCUCUUUAGGACACCAGUAGGGUUACCGCCCAAGAGGACAUGUGACCACCGCAUACGCUUAAUCCCUGGAGCAGGACCAGUGGUUGUACGUCCUUACCGCUACCCGUAUCUGCAAAAAGAUGAAAUAGAGCGUCAAUGUGCGGAGAUGAUCACUCAAGGAAUCAUCCAGCCAAGUCGAUCCCCGUUCUCCUCACCGGUACUUUUGGUCCUUAAAUCCGAUGACUCGUGGCGGUUCUGUGUGGAUUAUAGGGAACUUAAUUCCAAGACAGUCAAGGAUAAGUUCCCCAUUCCGGUGAUCGAUGAAUUAUUGGAUGAACUUCAUGGAGCGUCAUAUUUUACAAAGUUGGAUCUCCGUUCAGGCUACCACCAGAUACGUAUGGCACCUGAAGACAUAGAAAAAACCGCUUUUCGGACACACCAUGGACAUUUUGAAUUUCUGGUGAUGCCGUUUGGCCUCUCUAAUGCACCAUCCACCUUCCAGAGUUUGAUGAAUGACAUUCUUGCUCCUUAUUUACGAAAGUUUGUCCUGGUAUUCUUCGACGAUAUUCUCAUUUAUAGCAAGUCUUGGACUGCUCAUGUGGCCCAUGUACGCCACGUCUUGGACAUCCUGCGUACCCAUAAUUUGUUCCUUAAGGAGUCAAAAUGCAGCUUCGGAGCUACUUCUGUUAACUAUUUGGGGCAUGUUAUCCACGCCGGUGGAGUAGAAGUUGACCGCACCAAGAUACAAGCUAUCAUGGAUUGGCCAACCCCACAAUCUGUCACGGCCUUGCGCAGUUUCUUGGGCCUAGCGGGGUAUUAUCGCAAGUUUAUUGCACGUUAUGGCGAAAUUGCAGCUCCCCUUUCCACACUCCUAAAGAAGAAUGGGUUUGACUGGUCAGCAGCAGCUAACUCCUCUUUUUGUCAACUGAAGACUUGUUUAUCCACUGCCCCGGUCCUCCAACUUCCAGAUUUUUCUAAGGAGUUUAUCGUCGAGUGCGAUGCAUCAAGAAGUGGGUUUGGUGCAGUUUUGCAGCAAGAGGGUCACCCCAUCGCCUACUUCAGCAGGAAAAUUGCAGACCGACAUAUCAAAUUGGCAGCUUAUGAACGGGAAUUGAUUGGUCUUGCUAAGGCAGUGACUCAUUGGAGGCCUUACUUAUGGGGUCAACAGUUUUUGAUACGAACAGAUCACUCUAGCCUGAAAUACUUACUCGAGCAACGCCUCACCACAUCACCUCAACAACAUUGGCUAAGUAAGUUGAUGGGUUUUACGUUUCGUGUGGAAUAUAAACCAGGGCGUUUCAACACAGUCGCGGAUGCACUAUCUCGACAGAAUGAAACUCCACUCAUUCUCGCCUCACUCACGGUGCCGCUAUCCACGCUACUAGAUGAGGUUCGGACUGCCCAGGCAGCAUCCCCAGAGAUUGAGGCCAUUCAACAACAAGUGUUGGCCGGGACGACCACAGAAGACUGGACAUUUCAAGAUGGGUUGCUUUACUAUAAACAUAAAUUGUAUUUGCUGCCCUCGUCCAAUAUUAUUCCUAGCAUACUAUCUGUGUUCCAUGGCAUGGCCCAUGAGGGCAUUGAGAAGACAUUACACCGCUUACGUAAGGAAUUUUACUGGCCAAACAUGAAGCUCACAGUGGCCUAGUACAUUCGUGACUGUCAAGUAUGCCAACAACAUAAGUGGCUGAACCUACAGCCAGCAGGGUUGCUUCAACCACUCCCCAUUCCGCAACACAUUUGGGCAGAUAUUACAAUGGAUUUUAUUGAGGGUUUACCGAAGGUAAAAGGGAAAUCAAUUAUUCUCGUUGUGGUGGAUCGGUUAUCAAAGGCGGCACACUUCAUUCCAUUAAGCCACCCGUAUACUUCUGUAUUUGUAGCUGGAGUGUACUUUGCUGAAAUCUUCCGUCUUCAUGGCUUACCUGAAUCUAUUGUAUCGGACCGUGAUAAAGUUUUCAUCAGUGCAUUUUGGCGCGAAUUGUUUCGUUUGGCCGGUACAAAGUUGGCUUUUUCCUCAGCUUAUCACCCGCAAACUGAUGGCCAAACAGAGAUCGUUAACCGCACUGUGGGCAUGUACUUGCGUUGCUUAACGAGUGAUUACCCUCGGGAAUGGGUUCGUUGGCUUCCAUGGGCUGAAUACUGUUACAAUACAUCUUAUCAUACGGCGUUGGGUGAUACUCCAUUUCGCAUUGUGUAUGGGCGUGAACCUCCCAAACUCGUGGCACAUACACCGGGAACAACCCAAUUAGAAGGGGUCGAGAGGGAGCUCAUUGAUCGUGACAUCUUGCUAGCCACAACAAGGAACCGAUUAAUGCAAGCGCAACAGCGGAUGAAGCAACAGUUUGAUAAGGGCCAUCGUGAUCUAUCAUUUGAAAUAGGGGACUGGGUAUGGCUUUGGGUACAUCCUUAUCGGCAGGUGUCACUAAUCAAGCGCCAUCAUAAGCUCUUACCUCGCUUUUAUGGGCCGUUUCAGGUGCAAGCGAGAAUUGGGGCAACUGCCUACCAGCUUCUCCUACCGGCAGAUUGUCGUAUCCACAAUGUUUUUCAUGUUUCAUUGCUCAAACCACAUCACGGGCCUAUCCCACAAAGUAUAAGAGAUUUGCCACCACUUGACGAACCUCGUUCUUCUCUUCAGCCCACUGCAGUUCUCCGCAGCCGGAAGCAUGAUGGCCAGAUGGAACUCCUGGUCCAAUGGCAGGGGCAGCUCAAGGAAGAAGCUUCAUGGGAGUCAUUGGAUACAUUUCAAUCCACAUUUCCUGAGUUCAAGCUUGAGGACAAGCUUUUAAUUAACGGGGGGAGUGAUGUUAUGGAUCCAUUCUAUGGACAAGUAUAUCAACGGAGACGUGGACGGUUAGGUUCAGGGGAAUUAGUUGGUCAAAUCGGGGAAGAUCAGAAUACUCUAGAUGGCUGACCACGAGAAUAAGGAAAGCUGGCAGAUUGGCAAGUGGCAGCAUUUAAUUAAUUAGCAUUUAAUUAGUUAGAUCCAGUUAUUUCUUAUUCUUAGUUAUUUCCUAAUUCAAAUUAGGAAACUUCCUGGCAGCAUUUAAUUAGUCAGAUCCAGUUAUUUCCUAUUCUUAGUUAUUUCCUAAUUCAAAUUAGGAAACUUCCUAAUAUCCUUAUGCUUCCUAUUAGGACUCUUGUAAUCUCUAUAAAAGGGACCUAAUAUUGUUCAAUAACGGACCUUUGGAGAAUUAAUUUGAUGUGUCUUGACUAGGUCGGGCACCGAUUAAUUCCUGAAGACUCUUCGUAUUUAUUCUUGCCUCAUUCGAUAAUCCUAGUAUAACAAUAUUGAUACUAAGGUCUCAGUAGGCUCUUCUUCUCUCCUGAGAUCUCGUCUGAGACCUUGGACAAGGUCUUAUACGCGAGUUCUUAACAGUCAUGCUCCGGACAGGACCCAUUAAGAAAUUUACGCUGGUGGUUUCACAGUUUGAGGAUUAUCUUCUCCGUGGAAAAAUUCCCUUACCACUCCCAGCGGAUAUAGACCGUUGGUGUCUGUUUCUGUCGAGAAAUGGCAUUGAGGAGCUUCACAUCUCUGUUGAUAAUCACAAAGAAACAUAUAAUCUUCAUGAGUGUAUAGUAACUUGCCCAACAAUUAAGCAACUCGCACUUCGUGCGGUGGAUUUUGGCUUCCCUGUUAAUUCACAUAGUGUGCUUCCUGGUGUCACUUCAUUGUCUUUUGACUAUGUUUUAUUUGAGCCUGAUCUCACUGGAACAGUCUAUAGUGUUCCAAAUCCCGAGAAGCUCUCUUUUGACAAUUGUCCUCGGAUUCAAAAUUUUGUGAUUAGCGCGCCAAAACUCAAGUGCUUGACUACUGACCGUAAUUUUGAAAGGGUGACUGAUUUCAGAUGGUUUGUGCUCCAUUUUGCUGUAAUCAGUACUCUUCAUUUGCAUGUAGAUGUGUUGUCGAUAUUCCAAGGUUAAUUUUUGUUCUGUUUUCUUUAAAGGAUUCACCUGACGCAGUAGCUGCACAGAUGUUCCCAAAUGCAACAAAUCUGAGAGUGGUUGUGAUUCAUAAUGCCAAUUUUUGGUGCAGAGCACUUCACUUUUGUUAUUGAAUUGAUUCAAAAAUGCCCAAAGCUAUGUGAACUUGGAAUUGAGACAUUUGAUUAUAUAAGACCAAUUAUUUACCGAUUGAUUUGGCCAUUAUGACUUUGUGUUCAUUAUUCUCUCCAAAUUAUGACAAGUCAAGCAUAUGCUGUUUAGAUUUCUCUUUUCCGUGGUAUGUACUUAGGGCACACAGAGAGGCAACGGUGAAUAUGUUUCCAGACUUUUGGCGAAUCCCUACGGCUGUGUUAUUAAGAAGGAACUGAAAAUGCUUAAAACAGUGAAGAUUCAAAUCUUUUGUGGAUUCAGACUUGAAGUGCAGUUUGUCAAGACAAUCCUUUUAAGUCACCCGCCCUUGAGGAACUUGUUAUUACGAAAUCACCUGACUGCAAGGAUAUGCAGAUCCUAGAGGAAAUCAUGUGCUGCUCCCGCUCAUCCCCACAAGCUCGAGUUGUUUUCAUGGAUUCCAAGUAUGAGUAGGCCAGCCAUCCUGCCAUCUAGGUUUUCCCAUGCAUUUGUUGCAUGAAAUCCAAGGGGUUUGGCUAUGUGUAGUCAACUUGUUUUGCUGGAUUGGAAGUUCAAAAUGUUUUUUGCUAGCUCGGUAUCAACUUUACGAAGUACACUCAUAUUUGGAGUACCUAUUUCAUUUGGUGGAGCCGUGGAGGAGUCAUCAUGGAUGGACCCGGGCCGGUUCGGGCCCGGUUCGGGCCUAGGCCCGGCCGGGCCUCGGGUCUGUUUUGUUGGGCCCGAGCCCGAACCGG